AUGCUGAGGGUGUAUCUGGGAAAACAUAACCUGAAGGAGGAGGAGAAUGGAUCUGUGGCCAUCGCCGCUGGAAAGAUCUUUGUCCACGAGGGCUGGAAUUCCUUCACUCUCUGUAAUGACAUCGCCCUGAUCAAACUGGAGAGUGCUGUCACUCCAAGUGACACUAUUACUCCUACAUGUCUGCCUGCUGAUGGGCAUGUUCUGCCCCACAAUGCUCCCUGCUAUGUCACUGGUUGGGGAUGUCUCUACACCAAUGGACCCCUUGCUGAUAUCCUGCAGCAGUCUCUCCUGCCUGUGGUGGAUUACACCACCUGCUCUAGGUCUGACUGGUGGGGCUCUCAGGUCACACAAAGCAUGGUCUGCGCUGGUGGAGAUGGUGUUGUUGCUGGAUGUAAUAGUGACUCUGGUGGCCCCCUGAACUGUGCUGGUAGCGACGGCGUUUGGGAGGUCCACGGUAUUAUGAGCUUUGGUUCAGGACUGAGCUGCAAUUAUAACAAGAAGCCCACUGUUUUUACUCGUGUGAGCACCUACAUUGACUGGAUCAGCAAGUGUUUUAUAUUAGCAAACAUGUUGUAAUAGCAUGCAAAUUAAGCUUUAUGACAGUGUUUGUUAUGGAAACUUCUUUAAUACUGAUUUUCCCCAUAAUCUCUUACAGAACAUGGCCAACUGCUAAAGAGCAAACAGAAAAUGGGUUUUGUAUCAUGAUGCCUUAAACAAUAAAAAUAUUAAACGGCAC